AAUGUGUGCAUCGACAGCACGAGCUGUGUUGUUAUUGACGAUGAAUAAUCUGACAUGUUGUUGCAUUUGCGUUUAAUUCUGAGAAAUGAUAGUGUUUCUAUCGCGCAUGGCUAAAUCUCCCCUCGAGAUCUCCGUGGAAAAGGUCUUCCUGUCCGCAGCAUCCCAGCGUUACUAUGAUAUCUGUGGAGCGAUCGCGUCUGAAGGUGAAACAGGAGGCAUUUGAUUCAACAUGAGUGCAAGCGUUGAGUGUCGAUGGAGUCUCUGAACGCCGUGGAGCUCCGUGAACUGGGGGAUGGGAGCAGGAGAGAACCUCCUCAGACCUCCUCAGGACCGCAGCCCACAGCCGGCAUCGAAAACGCGUCGUUCGAGGAUGAGGAUCCGGGAACGAGGAUCCGCGUUACCUCCAGAACAUCUGGACCUGAGUUCACGUCCAUCGACUCUCAGUCGAAUCCGCUGCCUAUUCAGAGAGAAGUGCCGUCACCGCGCUCCGAAGACGAACCUGAGCUCGAGUACAACGGUCAUUCGGUGGACUACGGGUUCAUUUUUGCACUCAUUUUCCUCGUAAGCGGCAUCAUAUUAGUGGUAAUCGCCUACACGAUCCCACGAGAGGCUAAAGUCAAUCCGGACCAAGUGACAGCGCGGCAGAUGGAGAAACUGGAGAUGUACUACGCACAACUCGGUUCUCACCUCGACAAAUGUAUUAUUGCGGGACUUGGUUUGCUCACUCUGGGAGGAAUGCUUCUAUCUAUUUUAUUAAUGGUGUCUAUAUGCAAAGGGGAACUGUAUCGCCGGAGGACUUUCGCUAGAAGACCCAUGAAAUCGUACGGAUCCAUUAAUAUGAGGAUGAGGCAGUUAGCUGAGGGUGAUGGGAGGGAGACGCUUGUGGAAUGUGAACCGAACGCCAUCGCCGACGCUGCGAACGGUAAUCAGGUUCCUUCUGGAACGCUAAAUACGUAGCACAACAGAAUCACAUUGAAAAACCUGUAGAUUUGCAGUCGCAAAAGGAAAUAGUGCUCGCAAGGCAGCUUAAAAAAAGGUUUUUGGAUAAGUUUCAG